AUGCAUUACAAAUCCCUUUUCUCUUUUUUCAGAUAUUGGAAAGCAUUUUACGUUGAUCCGUCGGAAGCAUUUUAUUAUAGAUGGCUAUUUGUUAGCUCCGUAGCUGUGUUAUAUAAUUUGGUGUUUAUUAUAGCUCGGUCCGUGUUUACGGAAUUACAAGAUAGCUAUUUGAUACUCUGGUUAUGCUUAGACUACCUCAGUGAUUUCUUGUAUCUCACAGACAUGGGUAUUCAGCUCCGAACAGGAUACCUAGAACACGGGUUAAUGGUUACAGAUCCUACCAAAUUACGAAAAAGAUACAUGAAAAGUAAAGAUUUUUACUUUGAUGUUGCCAGUAUUCUUCCAACUGACCUGUUUUACAUCAUCUUGGGACCAAACCAACCACAAGUUCGUUUCAAUCGUCUCCUUCGUGCACGGAGACUUUUUGAAUUCUUUGACAGAACUGAAACAAGAACGAGUUUCACGAACAUGUUCCGAAUUCUUCAUCUCGUCUUGUAUAUUUUGAUAAUUAUUCAUUGGAAUGCAUGUAUAUAUUAUGCGAUUAGCGGUGCGAUCGGUUUUGGAUCAGACGAUUGGGUAUAUGGUAACGUCUCGACGCCUAAGUAUAAACCAUUGACUCGGAAGUAUAUUUACAGUUUUUAUUGGUCAACCUUAACACUGACAACCAUUGGUGAAACACCCCAACCAGAGCGCGAUGUUGAAUAUUUAUUCGUCGUUGUGGAUUUCCUGAUCGGUGUAUUAAUUUUUGCCACAAUUGUCGGAAAUGUAGGCAGUAUGAUCACAAACAUGAACGCAGCUCGAUCCGAUUUUCAACAGAAAAUGGACGGUGUGAAACAAUAUAUGGAAUUCCGUAAAGUCGGAAAAGAGCUUGAAGAACGUGUGAUAAAGUGGUUUGAUUACUUAUGGACCAAUAAACAGUCUCUGAAUGAAGAGGGUGUUCUCUCAGCGUUACCCGAUAAACUGAAAGCCGAAAUGGCAAUGCAUGUGCACUUAGAUACUCUCAAAAGAGUGAGUAUAUUCCAAGACUGCGAACCAGGUCUCCUUGUGGAGCUCGUCCUUAAGCUCAAACUGCAAAUAUUCAGUCCCGGUGACUAUAUUUGCAGAAAAGGUGAUAUUGGUAGGGAAAUGUAUAUAGUAAAACGGGGAAAACUUAGCGUGGUUGCAGACGACGGGCAUACAGUGUUUGCAACGCUUAGUGACGGAAGUGUAUUUGGCGAAGUAAGCAUUUUAAAUAUUGCCGGCAAUAAGACUGGAAAUAGACGUACGGCAAACGUUAGAAGUAUUGGUUAUAGUGACUUGUUUUGCUUAUCUAAAGAUGAUUUGUGGGACGCUUUAGCUGAAUAUCCAGAAGCCAAAAGAGUGCUUAUUGAGCGUGGUCGCCAGAUCUUGAAAAAAGACAAUCUUUUAGACGAAGAGGCGCUAAAGAGAGACCAAGAACACCAAGAAACUCAGGAACAGAGAGUGACCAGAUUGGACUCUUCACUUGAUACUCUACAAACUCGAUUUGCUCGACUUUUAUCCGAGUUCAACAGCACACAGCAAAAGUUAAAACAUAGAGUAACGAAAAUCGAAAAGGUUUUGGCUCGAGAGAACGAUAAUUUGUCCCUUUUAUCAGUUGCAGAACCAGAUAUUAAAUAA